UUUUCAGGCUCCCCCCAAAAACUUCGGUGGAAGAAGAAAGAACCAAAGCCAAUUAAAAUCAAAUCGACAAACCCUAACAAUCGGGACCUCAAAAUCUCAGAGAGGAAUUGGUUCCGCGGCAGCGAUUAGAGCAGAAUCAAGUCAACCAUGUCGCAGCACAGCCAAGAAGAUCUGGACCUGCUCCUCUCCCUCCAGGAUCGGGUUAUGGAAACCCCCCCUGCUUCUCCUUCGCACUCGCAUCCCCUUUCACGUGGGAACAGUUAUCUAUCGGAUGAUGGAACACCAAAGAGAACACGGGAGCAAGUGGACAUGUCUGCGUUUAAGAAUGCAGUAGAAGAUUGCCUUGACUAUGAUCCUAAGUCUGUCAAGAAAGAAAGCAAGUCGAACCGAACCAAUGUAAAUGCUGAUCCUGAGGUCGAGAAGUUCUCUGGUCUUCGAAUCAGGAAUCAGUUGCUCACGCCUGCAGAGCUCAACGACCACUUCUCGGACAUCCGCUUCGUACGCUUGUCAGUGAUAAUGAAUGUGUUGAAGGGAGACAAUCUUUCAGGAAGUUGGGCAACUGUUGGUGUGUUGGUUGAGAAGGGGCAUCCCAAAACCAGUUCCAACGGGAAGAGCUAUUCUAUAUGGAAGCUUGGGAGUCUGAAUGAAGAUAGUAUAUCCCUUUUCUUGUUUGGCGAUGCUUAUCAACAAAAUAUGAAUGAGAAGGCUGGUACAGUCUUCGCAUUGUUCAAUUGCAACGUUCGGAGGGACAACUCGGGAGGUUUCUCAUUGAGCAUAUUUUCUCCUAGUCAAAUUUUGAAGAUGGGUAUGUCAGUUGAUUAUGGAGUUUGCAAGGGGAAAAAGAAGGAUGGGACAACAUGUACAAUGGUCAUAAACAAACGCCGUGGGAUAUACUGUAGGUACCAUAAAUCAAAAGCAUCUGAGAAGUAUUCUUCUGUCUCUCGGACUCUGAUCCAAGGAGGGAACAUUAGAACGGCUUAUAGGGAUCAUCUUAAAUCUGAAGGAAUAUAUCUUGUCAAUCCCUUGGUCGACAGAAGUAACACGAACAAAGGGAAGCAGCCAGCGAAAGUGUUGUCUGUGGAAGGACUCAAGAAAGCACUAAGCGGUGCAAGUAAGGUGAUGACAAAUAUCCACUCGCAGGGAUUGAGAAUGCUCAAUGAAGUAGCAGGGAGAAAAGAACCGAAGAAUACAAACAAGGAAUCUAGAAUAAGUAAUCAGCGAACCACUGAGAUCGAGAAAAGGAAAGCGUCUUGUUUGAAAGGUGAUCCAACUUUAACCAACCAAAGUCGACAAGUUGAUUCAUCUUUAACCAACCAAAGCCAACUUGGAGUGAAGAGAACAAAACUCGAACAGGCUUCCGUGGACAAACCCAAGCAGUCCAGUGCGAAGCUUAUCGAGUUGGAAAUCUAUAGCUCGGAUGAUGAAUUAUGAUUCCCUCUGUUCCUCCCCUGACUGGGCAUAUGCUGUGUCCAUGUGCCAAGAGGACGAAAAGUGAAGUUUCCUCCACAUAAAGACAUGCUGAAACCUUCUCUAGUGUCAAGUGAAUUUCCAUGGAAGGUGGGAGGACAUUGGGAUGGGCUCGUUUGGUUCAUUGUAUUGGUACCGCAUCAAGUUCUCGUAUCUUGAGCUUCUUACUGAAGUGAGCCCGACUGUAGAUGAGUUUGAUGGGCUUUAUGUAAGACAGUAUCAGUUAGAUCCAGUAGAGCCUCGGAGAUUUUUACCGAUGUACUUUUUUCGAGGAAACCGGUUUAUGAAGAAUGACUAUUCUUUUAACUUUGUCAACAUAACAA